GGCGGCGGCGGGGUCCGUGAGGCGCGGGCGGCGGCGACCGCGGCGCCAGUGAGGGGCCCUGGGGCCCGGGCGGCUCCGGGCCGGGGCCCCGCCGCGGGACGGACCAUGCUACGCUCCACCGGCUUCUUCCGGGCCAUCGACUGCCCCUAUUGGGCUGGGGCGCCCGGGGGACCCUGCCGGCGGCCCUACUGCCACUUCCGGCACCGCGGGGCCCGGGGUCCGGGCGCCCCUGGACCUGGGGGUUUGGCCUCCCCUGGUGGAGGGCUUGGCUAUGACCCCUACAACCCUGAGCUGCCCAAGCCCCCGGUGCAGAGGGAGAAUGGCGCCCUGGGCGGAGGGGACGAGACCCGCUCGGACAUCCUGGAGCUGGAGCUGGUCAACCAAGCCAUCGAGGCCGUGCGCUCCGAGGUGGAGCUGGAGCAGCGGCGGUACCAGGAGCUGCUGGAGACGGCCCGCGAGCGUGGCUCCGCCGAGGCCCCUGCCCUGGCGCCCCGCGGGCCCGCUGCCUGCAGCGCCGGCCUGGACGAGGACGCCUUCCCGCUGUCCUUCGACUACAAUCCUGGCGGCCGCAGCCUGUUGAGCCCUGAUGCCGGCUACCAGCCCACCCCCCUGGCUGCUCCUGCUGAGCCGGGCAGCAAGUACUCGCUGGCGUCUCUGGCCCGGGCUCCGGGCCACGGCGGAGGGGGUGGCGGCGCCCUGGAGUACGUCCCCAAGGCCGUGAGCCAGCCCCGGCGCCACAGCCGCCCCGUCCCCAGCGGCAAGUACGUGGUGGACGACUCCAGGCCGUCCACGGACCUGGAGUACGACCCGCUGUCCAACUUCUCUGCCCGGCUGCUCGGCAGGGCCAGCUCCCGGGACGACAGGGCCCCCAAGCGGCCCCGGGGCCCCCGGGCCCGUGAGCCCCGCACUCCCGCACUCAAGAAGCCCUGCCACCCCCCCGGCGGCUGCGAGGCCAGGUUCUCCGACUCCGACGACGACGCCGCCGUGGCUCCAGGUGACGGGCCCGCCACCUGCAGCCCCCCGAGAGCCCAGGUGGGCGCCGAGAGCAAGGCCCCUGGGGAGCCGGGCUCCAGGGGGGGCCAGGAGCCCGAAGAGGGCGGCCUGCGGGAGACCAAGGAGAUGGCUGUGCAGUACGACGUGGGGGACCUGGGGCAGCCCCCCAAGGGCCCGGGCGAGCCGCCCCUGGCCAAGCCCAGCUCCCCGGCCAGGGCCUCCCAGGACCGCAGCAACCCCAAGGAGGGAAGACCCAAGAAGAAGACAAGGGGGGCGCCGCCGGCCCCCGGCCACAAGGACGGUGUCCGGAAGACAAAUGGGGGUAAGGAGGGAGAGCGCGCGAGGCUGGCCGAGAAGCCCUGUGCGGACAAGAGGGGCCCGCAGGCCGGCAGCCCCCGGCACAGGGCGGAGCGGCCCCAAGGGACCAAGAAGAAGCCAUCUCUGGCCACCUCGGUGGCCAGCUCAGGGAAAGACCGGCCGCGGCCCAGUCCCACGCCAGGGGGCGCCCCCCAGCUGCCGGACAGGACGGGCGGGAAGAGCCCAGCGGGCAAGCUAGGGGAGCGCAAGGCUCGCUCGCUGGACGAGGGCGCCUCCCGGGACGCCCCCAAGCCGCCGAGGCGGGCCUUGAGCCACGUCGACCUCUUCGGGGACGAGAGCGAGGAUGAGGAGCCGGGGCCCGCGGAGACCGGACUCCGGCCCCCCGCCCCCCCCAGCCUCAGCUCCACCUCCGACUCGGACUCCGACUCGGACUCCAGCCUGGGCCUCUCCGCUGCGGGGGGGCCGCCCAAGCGCCUCAAGGCCUCCCCGCCCCCCUCGCCGGCCUUGUCCUCCUCCUCCUCGUCCUCGGGGGCGGGCUCGGACGUGGACUACGCCGCCCUGGAGAAGGAGAUCGACUUCGACUCCGACCCCAUGGAGGAGUGCCUGCGCAUCUUCAACGAGUCCACCAGCGUGAAGACGGAGGACAAGGGCCGGCUGGCCCGGCAGCCCCCCAAGGAAGAGAAGAUCGAGGACAAGGGCCAUUCGGGUCUGACCACUCUGUUCCCUGGGCAGAAGAGGAGAAUUUCUCAUCUUUCCAAGCAAGGCAAGGAGGCGGAGCCUGUGAGGAGAGGCCCGGCACCCCCCGCCCGGCCCCCGACCGCCCAGGAGGUGUGCUACCGGCGGGCCCAGCAGGCGCAGAGGGAGUCGGCCAGCUGGCUCCAGGCUGCCCAGCGGCCAGCUGAGAAGGCGUCCUCCGUCCACAUCUCGGCCCCUGGCGAGAAGAAGAGGAUCGCCCACGUCCCCAACCCCCGCCUGGCUGCAGCCCCCACAGGUGCCAAGAGGACCCUCGAGGCCAGCAGUAGCCAGCCCCUCAAUGGCCCCGAGCCGGGCAGCCAGCCCCUGAAGACCCGCACGUUGUCGGGCAUGGCGUCCAAGACCACCACCACCGUCACCCCCAAGCGCGUGGCGCACAGCCCCUCCUUACAGAGUUUAAAGAAGCCCAUUAUCCCAAAAGAGUUCGGGGGCAAGGUCCCCACUGUCAUCCGCCAGCGGUAUCUCAACCUGUUUAUCGAGGAGUGUCUCAAAUUCUGCUCUUCGAACCAGGAAGCCAUAGAGAAGGCACUGAACGAGGAGAAGGUGGCCUACGACCGCAGCCCCAGCAAGAACAUCUACCUGAGCGUGGCUGUGAACACCCUCAAGAAGCUACGGGGCCUGGGCCCCAGCGCUGCGCCUGCUCUCCACAAAAGCGGUGGCCGGAGGGUCGUGUCCCACGAGGCGGUGCUGGGGGGCAAAUUGGCUGCCAAGACCAGCUUCUCGCUCAGCCGCCCAAGCAGCCCCCGGGUGGAGGAUCUGAAAGGGGCUGCCCUGUACAGCCGCCUCAGGGAGUACCUGCUCACCGAGGACCAGCUGAAGGAGAACGGCUACCCUUUCUCGCACCCCGAGCGCCCGGGGGGCGCUGUCCUCUUCACGGCCGACGAGAAGAAGCCCAAGGACUCCUCCUGCAGAAUCUGCUGCCGCUGUGGCACCGAGUACCUCGUGGCCUCCUCAGGCCGCUGUGUGCGCGAUGAGGAGUGUUACUACCACUGGGGGCGGCUCCGCCGGAACCGAGUGGCUGGUGGCUGGGAGACUCAGUACACGUGCUGCUCGGCUGCCAUCGGCUCCACCGGGUGUCAGGUCGCCAAGCAACAUGUGCAGGACGGCCGGAAGGAAAACCUCGAAGGGUUUGUGAAGACCUUUGAUAAAGAACUUUCGGAAGAUGGUCACCCGGGAAUCUACGCCCUCGACUGUGAAAUGUCCUACACCACGUACGGCCUGGAGCUGACGCGCGUCACCGUGGUGGACACAGACAUGCAGGUCGUUUACGACACUUUUGUCAAGCCAGACAACGAGAUCGUUGACUAUAACACCAGGUUUUCGGGGGUGACCGAGGCUGACCUCACUGACACGAGCAUCUCGCUGCGGGAUGUCCAGGCCGUCCUGCUGAGCAUGUUCAGCGCCGACACCAUCCUCAUCGGACACAGCCUAGAGAGCGACCUGCUGGCCCUGAAGGUCAUCCACAGCACCGUGGUGGACACGUCUGUGCUCUUCCCGCACCGCCUGGGCCUCCCCUACAAGCGCUCCCUGCGGAAUCUCAUGGCCGACUACCUCAGACAGAUCAUCCAGGACAACGUGGACGGGCACAGCUCCAGCGAGGACGCCAGCGCCUGCAUGCAUCUGGUGAUCUGGAAGAUCCGAGAAGACGCCAAGACCAAGCGGUGACCGCCGCCCGCCCGCUGCCCGCCCGCCGCCUCUCCCACAGCCCUGCCCGUCCUUAGCCCCAGGCCCCUUCCAAAACAGUGCAAUAAAUCUCGAGAGCUAACCCUGUCCACGGCGC